AUGGAUUCAUUUGCAGCUGGUGCCAUAGCUGGUGUUACUGAAGUUCUCACAAUGUAUCCACUUGAUGUCAUAAAAACAAGAUCUCAGUUAUCUACUGGCAAGAACAUGGGAAUAAUUGCUUCCUUCAACAAUAUUGUGCAGCACGAAGGAGUGGGCCGUCUCUAUCGUGGUAUUAUUCCACCAAUCUUGAUGGAAGCACCAAAGAGAGCAACAAAAUUUGCAGCAAAUGACAUGUGGGGUCAAUUCUAUCGAAAACUAUUCGAUGUCGAGAAGACAAAUCAAAGUCUAAGUAUAUUAACUGGAGCUAGUGCAGGAGCUAUGGAAUCAUUUGUUAUCGUACCAUUUGAAUUGGUUAAGAUUCGAUUACAAGAUAAGAAAAGUGCUCAUCUCUAUCUAGGGACUAUGGAUUGUGUGAAGAAGAUUGUUAAACAAGAAGGAGCUUUAGCUUUGUAUAAUGGUUUAGAAGCUACUAUGAUGAGAAAUAUUACUUGGAAUGCAGGUUAUUUCGGUGUUAUCUUCCGAGUCAAAGCUCACCUACCAGAAAAACCUGAGAUACUUAAUAAUUUCAUUGCUGGAGCCAUUGGAGGCUGUGUAGGAACUGUAUUGAACACUCCAUUUGAUGUUGUCAAAAGUCGAAUUCAAAACUCUUCUCGAACUUCAUCAUCGUCAUCGAAAUAUAACUGGUCUAUUCCGUCUCUAUUUAUUGUCGCUAGAGAAGAAGGAUUUUGGGCACUCUAUAAAGGUUUUGUACCAAAAGUUCUUCGUCUUGGACCAGGUGGUGGUAUUUUAUUGGUAGUCUAUAAUGUUUUAAUGGAGUUUUUUCGAAAAUAA